CUCCACUCUACCACCUUGACUCUCGAGGUCGCGUCGGCUGCGGCUCAGCAUUCUCUCUGAAUAUACACUUUCCAUCUCUUUUCAUGCAUAUCACACUCGGCAUACUCUGACCAUUGAUACGACUACUGAAACUAAACGACCCGCACGAUGUCUUCGUGGACAUCAUGGAUUCCCUCAUUACCCACGAUCGACCUAUCCCUUCCAUCCGGGAUCCAGAGACGCUUCAUCUCGUUUGCAUUGAAGCGUUCUCUCGGGCACCUACUCAAGCCUGGGCAGCUUGAUCUUCAGCAGGUGGACUCUCAGAUCGGGUCAGGUUAUGUACAGAUCCGAGACCUGGAGCUUAAUAACGACGCAAUCAACUCGCUCAUAUCUGGGCUGCCUCUCGAACUGCACGACGGCUCCAUUGGGAAGGUCACGGCGCGCAUUCCAUGGCCUAACCCGUUGACCUCUACGAUCGGUCUCUCAGUUGAAUCACCUCAUCUGACAUUCUAUCUCGCACCUCAAUCACCCGAUGUCACCGCAUCACAUCUCGACCUUGCCGAGUCAGUGGCAUCUGUCGCAGAGUCAUUCAUUCACGAGGAGCUCAAUCCCGCCGACGAGGCGACGCUUCGUGGUUCGAUUCACGGCGGGUCGAGAAGUCCACUACAGACCGGACAGGACGUCUUUCCUGGCGGACUAGAUCCCUUUGUGUCUGAUGAAGAGUUAUCCCAAAGCGAGCUAGAGCCACCCGGUGUCUCAAUAUUCGCAACGCUCAUUGAGAAGCUCCUGGCACGCUUCGCAUUCGAUGCGGACGAUGUCAAGGUCACAAUAGUGAAUCCGCAGCAAGCCAGUUUCACGCUGUCAAUAGCCCAGGUUCGAUACGGGACCGAGACGGAUCCUUCAGUGGAGAGAACAGAUGCAAGCAGCCGGGAAGAUUCGCAGGGCAGUAUACGCGGCGUUACCGUCAGCGGGAUCACUGUGACUACGCGCUGCCUCCGCCCGUCGAGUCCAGUAAUGACCCCUACGCAAGAACGUGGUGCACCUUCAUCUCGGAUGACGCCCACUGCCGCGCCUGCGUCCCCUCAAAGCCCCCCGACCCCUCCUUCACCAUACUCAGACUCGUCGGACAUGGAUGAGGAAACCCAGAUGCUCAUGUCACAAUCUAUAGCGAUUCUCCCUCCUCGGCCGGUCUCGCCUGCGACAUCGGUCUCGAGCAGUAUGUACCAGAGCGCUGUGUCGACUGCGCCCGUGGAGAGCAGUCUUCAUGGUACACCGAGUCCCGAGGCGCAGUUCUCAGCAGCUAGCGAGCCGCCAGCGGGCGACUUCACCUCGUCAUCAGAGUCACCACCCGGUGCCGGCUUUCCGCAGAGACCACAGCCCAUCGCUUGCAUCCCGGAAGUGGAGGAUGAAAUCGUCGCUUCCUUCGGUUCUGAUCCAAUCUCUAUCCGUCUGUACACGCCCCCGCCAUUGUCUGCACAUUCGCCCACGCCAGCCGUCGGGAUUCCUUCAUCGUCGAGAAUCCCUAGUGAAGGGUCAAAGGGAAGCCAUCGCCGAAGUAGCAGUGCGCGGACUCCGGACGAGAAGCUCAGGGUCACUGUGGAUGUGGGGGUUAUUGCCCUUGCCCUCAACGCACGGCAUGUCCGGAGCAUCCUGGACAUCGCUGAUGUCUGGUCGCUGCAUUCCCCACUUCCUGCACGCCGGACCCCCUCCACUUCAGAUGGUGCCCCCGAGCCAUCGGCCAUUCCCGCUCUCGAUGGGACGCUUCGUCUGCGUGGCAUCGUCCUUCUCUUACUCCCAGCAUCGAGCAGCUCUAGAGCGUUGGAUGCCCGUGGAUCAUCGGAGUUCUUCUCUCGCCCCCUUGUGCCGCCGAAGAUGACGCAUGGAUACGUUCGCGCUCACAUGGAGGAGCUGUCUACCACAGCUUUCAUCUCAUCAUCGAGUUCUGCGACUCCGAGUCGCGGCGAGUCUGCACAGUUGCACGCCCACAAGAGGACAUCGAGGUCGCAGAAGGGCACAGCCGUGAACUUGUCAGUGAACCUGACUCUCGCCGAGUUGUCGGUCUUCGCUUUCCUCCAUCAGCCCGUUUUGGGGGCUCCCAGUCCGUCAACGGAGCUAUAUGCAUAUCCGGUCUUGAUUACAGACCCGAAUUUACGGUCUCAGUAUCCUCGAGACCAUUCGAACGCGCCUUCAGCAGACGUGCACAAUAGCAGCAUGCCGUCGUUUGACAUAUUGGAUUGGACGGAUCCUUCUCGAAGAAGCACAGCUGCGAAGCUUUCCGUUUGGCGGAGCAAGGCCGUGCAACAACAUCCAACCCUCCGGCAGGAGACACCAGGUCCGAAGAGUUCUCCACGGGCGCAGCCUGGCAUGCCGUCAUCUGCCAGCCCGCCCACGCCUAGGGCAAUGCCUCGUUUGUUGUCAACGUCUCCUGGACAUGUCGGCAUAGGGCGGCCGUCCCUUUCCUCUGGAGCACUACGACCUGCCGGGCCAGCCAUCAGUGUGAAGUUCCGCAGUCAUGCAACACAGUCGCAGUCGAGUCGGGGCGGCAAAGAUGGCAGCCCGGAUGUCGAGGUCGCUUUCGAAGCGCUGCAUCUCUUCCUUGACCUCGGGCUAGUAUCAGGUGGUGACCCACAACAUGGCGAGAGUGCGACCAUGUCGUUCCUGAAGGAGGCUGCGACUCCGUCGAGAUCUCCCCUUGCACAAUCUACUUUGCCCUCGCCAGGGUACCCGUAUGAAGGCAUGAUGGAUGACGACGACGACGCAGAUACGCCUCCCUCCACCCCACGGGCUGCUAUCGGGUUCGGGGCACGGACUGCGGAGGAGCAACAACAAGAACGGAGAAGGCUCGAACAAUUAGUUCUGGACGACUUGGAUCUGGAGUAUGACUACCGGCAAGGACCAAAGCACAGCGUUGAUCCUGCUACCGAGCGCGUGAAGGAUUGGCGAAAGGUCAGGACACAUAGAAACCGUGGUCGAGGGCCCACUAUGUCAAUGAAAUUCCCCGCGAUUCGUAUCCAGAUACGCGAUACUCCUCCUCUGAGUCCACCACGAUCAGGAGCAUUGAUCCUCGACCUGCACGACCUCCAUAUUUCGCCGGGCAAACCCGCAGAGAAAGAUCGCCCAACGACCAGGUUCGCUCCACCAGAAGAUCCAUACCUUGCCGGAACCGGUACAGGCGAGCCGACCACGAGCGAAGUGGACAAUGCGCUGCUUUAUGCGCAGUGGCACCGUCUAGUCGUUUCGUAUGCACCUCUGUCGUCCUCUAGGGCAACGGCCAUCCUCUCACUUGGCCCGUCGCGUCGUCCCAGCGAGGGCACGACGGAACAUAUGCGGUUCGGAGGCAGUAUAUCGCCAGACGCAUCUGUGGUAGAUCCUGUCUCUCGCCCUUCCCUGCAAGUCCGACGCGGUAAUGUGACCUUGUCGCACGACCCGUCUACGGAAGUCAGCUCAUUGGUGCUCGCCAUCGACGUACCAUCGAUACAUAUCGAACUCUCGAAGCCCACUCUAGAUGGCCUUCAGUUAUGGGCCGACGACUUGACUCGCUUGAUGGAGGCUGCCUUCGGCGAACCUCCUGUUCUCGAUACGGGCACUGAGCGUGCAGACAGCAGGGACUCUAGUCUGAUAGGAAGCCGAUUCUUUGCGAAGUCAAGAAGUGUAAGUAGCCAAGCUGAGAGCGGAAGCUUUGCUAGCAGACCGCAAGAGACUGCUAAUGAGACUGCUAUCAAAAUCACGCUUGGAGAGGGCACUGUCAGAUUGUUCGUACCGCGCUUGCAAGAGAGCCCAACUACUGUUCGACCUUUUGAUGUCUCGCUGAACGACGUCGACGUUCUGGUUGAGCUGAAGCCGGAAGGAAAGGAUGAAACCGUCCUGACAGUCGGCAUCCGGGGCAUCACUGUCAGUGAAAUCACCAAGUCAGGCUCUACAGCCUCAAUGCUUGCGCUCACCCACCCUUAUAGCCUGUUGUCUGCUCAAGCGUCGGCCGUGAAGGUCCGCUUUAUCUCUUUGAUAGUGCCGGAGACAACAGCGAAGGAGUCCAGGGUGAAACUUACCCUGCGUGGCAUUACGUUCACGGCGCAUCCGGAUUUUGCUUGGACAUCAGAUUUGGCGUCGUUCGUGAAAGCACCUCCAGGGGCCUUCGAAUCGGUUGUUCCGAGCGAGCGCACGCGGUUGUCUGUCAAGGUGGUGGACACUUCUCUUCAGACUCUGUGUCCGACAUACCGAGGCGCAUUAAUCCCGUACAUCGGGGAACUCGACUUCUCAACCGUCAUCGAAGGAGCCUCGCCAGACUUGACAUUCCUCCUGGAUAUCCCUGCAGUAUCAUUGUUUCUCGUGGACGACGUGAAAGUGAUGUCGCAGCAGCUAGACAGUGCGAAAGUGGGGCAUCCAACUGCGAGAUCACCUGGCGCAGAGUAUUGGAAGAGAGCAGGCUUUGCCUUGCUCGCUGAACUGGUCGACCUCAAGCUCCGAUUUGCUCGCUUGACUGAUGCAGGCCCGGCAGACACCAGAAUAUCUGUCAGUCAAGGAGGCUUACGAGUCCACCUGUGUGCAGACACUCUGACAGCCCUGACUGCCUUCAUAAGCGACUUCACUUCCAUCUUUGCGCCACCUCCAGACAUACCGUCGUCACCCAGGAAGCGCAGUGAACCUACGCGUCUUUCGCAGACAUCAGACCCACGCGGUCUAUUGUCUUCACUCGACGAACACGCUUUCCGACAGCUGCCCGAAGUCGGUGCAGCACCGGAUAUGAUCUACGACGACCUUCCGACAAACCCAGACUACCUCGACGAGUCGUUCGGCGCAGCUGCUGGCCUUCGGGAACUGGAUGACGACGAGUUCGACGAAACCAAUGUAGACGUCCCUUUGGGAACUGGUGACGUAGAUGAUGAAGGCAGUAACACCUCUACAUAUGGAGGAGAGACGGUCCGCAUGCUGCGUCCUGAAGGCUUACAGAUUAUCGAACAUUACUUUGACACCAUGUCUCCGGAUUCGGUUGAUGGGGACUCGAGCUAUGGGGAAACGACUCUCCGAGUUCGACUGCAAAACUUCGAUAUCACACUGCUCUUGUAUGACGGCUAUGACUGGAUGCGUACACGCAGAAUCAUCGAGGAAGAGCAAAAGGAGAUGCGGAAGAAGCUAGCCAAGAUACGACAGCUCGUCGCCAGUGGGCAAACACCAGAUCCUAGUGUCGAGGAGACGAGCGCUCUCCUAUUCAACUCGGUCUACAUCGGACUGGAGCACAACAUCGACGAGCUCGAACCAGGCGCACUCAUAGCGGCUAUCGACGAGGAGCUGAACGAAGACCUGGAGACAGCUAGUCAGAGCUCUUGGCAGUCGCUGAAGCCUCAGACGGUCCACAAUUCCCCCGGAAAGGGGACUGCUGGUCAAGGUCGCACACGUCGGAAGCGAAUGAGUCGGUCGAAAGGCCCUAGCAUCGAAUUCCGGCUGAUGGGCCUGAACGCUGAAUACGACCAAUACUUAACUGCGUCGGACCUUGUCUCAAGAACACUGGUGAUCAUAGAGGAUAUCGAGAUCCUCGACCAUAUCAAGACGUCGACGUGGAGGAAGUUCUUGACGUCUCUCCGCUCGGACUCCCGAGGGAACAUCCGCGAGACUGGCUCGGAUAUGGUCCGCGUAGAGCUCCGUACUCUCCAUCCCGUCCCUGACCAUCCUUCGGAGGAGGCGAGGCUUCGCGCCAAGAUCUUGCCCCUCAGACUUCAUGUCGAUCAGGAUGCGCUUGACUUCCUCAAGAAGUUCUUCAGCUUCAAGGACCCGGAGAGCGUCCCUGCUGCACCUUCGGAUCCAGAGGACGAGAUUUACUUCCAACAAGCGGAGGUAUUCCCGGUAGACAUCAAGCUUGACUACAAGCCGAGACGGGUCGACUACAGGGCACUUCGUGACGGAAGGACGAUUGAGCUUAUGAACUUUUUCCACUUCGAUGGCGCAGAGAUGACCCUUCGACAUAUUACUCUGACUGGGAUCACCGGAUGGCCAAGGUUUUUCGACCUCCUGAACGACCUGUGGACGCCAGACGUGAAGGCGACGCAAUUGGUGGACGUGAUAUCCGGCGUAGCUCCCAUUCGUUCCGUAGUCAACGUCGGCUCUGGGGUUGCGGAUCUUGUGCUCUUGCCCAUCGCUCAAUACAAGAAGGACGGACGGGUGGUCAGAGGUCUGCAGAAAGGGACAACGGCCUUCGUCAAGUCGACUGCGAUGGAAGCGAUCAAACUCGGUGCGCGGCUCGCGACAGGCACGCAGGUCAUCCUCGAGCAGGCGGAGAAUGUCAUCGGGGGACAGUUCAAGGACCCGAUCACGGCGGAGACGGUUCCCGGCUCACCAUUCUCGGAUGAGCUGGGUGGACAGUUGGGAGACGAGGAGGAAAGCGACCUCAUCAGUCGGUAUGCCGAGCAGCCCAUGAAUGUCCAGGAGGGCAUGCAGUCCGCGUACAGGAGUCUGAGCAGGAACUUCAAUUCUGCGGCGCAGACAAUCCUUGCGGUGCCCAUGGAGGUGUACGAGAGAUCCGGUAACGAGGGACCCGUCCGUGCUGUCGUGCGCGCGGUGCCUAUCGCGGUCCUGAAACCGAUGAUCGGUGCAAGCGAGGCGGUUAGCAAGACCUUGCUUGGGCUGCACAACCAGCUAGACCCCAACGUACGGCACGAGAACGAGGCGAAGUAUAAGCAGCGAUAGAAGUAGACCAUCAUUUGCGGACAGCAGGCACCGGAGGUUCACCUGUAUGAAUACACGUACAACAGCCAUAU